GUCAAGAACUACUAUCAUCAAGACCACAUCAAUUACAGUCUAUUGGUCUUUUGUCCCUUGUCAGAAACAGUUCCUCUUGAAGAUGUCAAAAGGAAACAUGAGCAGCGAAAUUCAGGGAAAAGACCUCAGAAAUGUAAAUGAUUCAAGUCUUGCACAGACUGUUAGGGAGAGUAUGAGCAGUCUAAUAGAAAAGGAAUCCAAGGAAUGUCUUCCCAUCUUUAAACUCCACCUGAAUGAAAAAUGGCUGAACACGGAUGGGUCCUGCCGAAGAGAGAUGUUUGGAGAAGAAGCAAAAGCAAAAGAGCAAAAGACCAUUAUGAUGAUCGGAGCCACAGGUGCAGGGAAAACCACUCUAAUAAACAGCAUGAUUAACUACAUUCUGGGCGUACAAUGGCAAGACAACUUCCGGUUGAUGUUAAUAGAUGAAGAAAAGCAGAUGUCACAGGCUGAAAGUCAGACAUCAGCCAUCACAGCUUAUGACAUUAAUUACAUGCAUGGAUUUCACGUUCCAUAUAAUCUGACCAUUGUGGACACACCAGGCUUUGGUGAUACAAGAGGAAUCUCACAUGACCAAAAGAUCACAAAGCAGAUUCAAGAGUUUUUUACUCAACCUGGAGGAAUUGACCAGAUUGAUGCUGUGUGUUUCGUAGUACAGGCCUCACUCGCCCGCCUGACACACACACAGCAAUACGUCUUUGACUCCAUUCUCUCCAUAUUUGGGAAGGAUAUUGCUGACAACAUCAUUAUGAUGGUCACGUUUGCAGAUGGACACAAACCUCCAGUUCUUGAAGCCAUCAAAGUCUCUCAGGUGCCCUGUUCUAGAGAUAAAUCUGGCGAGCCACUUUACUUCAAGUUUAACAACUCUGCCGUUUUUACCACAAAUAACAAAUCUGAGGAAGCUGAGGAUGACGAGCCUGAUUGUGGAAGCUUUGAUCAAAUGUUCUGGAAGUUGGGUUAUUCCAGUUUAAGAAAAUUCUUCACAUCUCUUAAACAGAUGAAAAGCAAGAGUUUGUCUUUGACACAGGAGGUCCUUAAAGAGCGGCAACAACUAGAAACACUUGUGGAAGGUCUCCAGCCCCAGAUCAAUGCUGGUCUUUCAAAACUGGAUGAAAUGAAGAAGACAACUGCUGCUCUGGAACAGCACAAAGCUGAAAUGGAUGCAAACAAGGAUUUUGAAUAUGAAGUAGAGAGAGUGGUUCCAAAACAGAUCAAAAACACCACAGAUGGAUUCUUGACCAACUGCCAAAAAUGUUAUUUUACAUGUCAUGAUAACUGUACUUAUGCAGAUGACAAGGAUAAAUACCGUUGCUCUGCCAUGACCAAUGGAAAGUGUCGGAUCUGUCCUGGAAAGUGUGAUUGGAAUGUUCACUUCAAUCAAGCAUACAAAUGGGAAUAUGUCCCAGAGAAGGUGAACAAUACCUACAAAAAGUUGAAACAGCGAUUUGAGGAUGCACAUGGAGAAGUCAUGUCAAAAGAAAAGAUCUUUAAAACGCUUGACAAGGAGUUUGAGAUUGUGCAAUAUGAAGUGGUCUCUCUCAUUCGAAAAUCACAAAAGUCUUUAGAGCGACUGCAGGACAUCGCACUUAAACCCAACCCUCUCUCCACACCUGACUACAUAGACCUGUUGAUCGCGGCAGAGAAACAAGAAGCCAAGUUUGGAUUUCAAAAUCGCAUAAUUUCUUUAAUGAAAGUCAGGCAGCAGGCAGAGAUUAUGAGUAAGGUUUCCACAGGAGAAGUCCUUCCUGAUGAUUGGAAAGCUUACAACGAGAAGAGCAAAGGCAAAUUGGCUAUGGUACCUCAGAACUGUAAAAUGAUGUAAAAAUGUAUUUCACAAGAAAUAAAUGAACGAAAUGCUCAACCAUUCUACGCUAAAAAUAACAAGUAACUUUUACUCCAAUUUUUCAUUUUCAAGUUUUUGCUUAGUAAAUUUAAUACUUGUUAAAUUAAGUACAACUUACUUACUUAAGGGAUUUAAGUAAAACUAACGAAGUAAAUAGGAACAUGUGACUUGGCCUGUUAACUUUUUUUCACUCAGUGGUCAGAUGUAAUUAUUUGAUAUAAUUAAGUAUCUCUAUUUUCCCUUUCAAUUAAAUUUGACUUGUUUUAUUUAGUGUAGUGAAUUAUUUUAAGUCAUUUAAAUCUAAAAUUGUAUUUGUGAUCUUAAAUCAUUAGCAUUUUAAAGAUAUGUUUUAUUUCUUUUUGUUAAUGUAAAGCUCUUUGAAUUGCCCUUGUGUAUGAAAUGUGCUAUAUAAAUAAACUUGU